UUCACACCUCCCCAGCCUAGGUCACUCAGGUCAAGGAAGAGAAAGUGCUGUGAUGCGUUAGAGGAGAGCGACCCCUCUGGAGAGGCAGUGGAAGCACAGCCCUCACACCUAGAACAGGUAGCCAACAGAAGUUACAUUUGCUGGUUGAGCGUUUGUCAGUUACAAUUUAAAUGUUGCUAUGUUUUAACUGAUUCUAACUCCUCUGCUGUGUGCAGCAGGACACUGAGGGAACAGUGUUAAAAACAACCUCUCCUCCUAAAGAUCCCCACCGCCCUCUGACGGGCUGUACUACUAAUCCAUCUCAGAAGGCUAACAAAGCGGGAGAUACCACUGCACCCAAGCAAGAGGGGGAUCCAGUGGAGGAAAGUCUGGUUGUGACUGGCAUCGAGGGAGAGCAGGCCAUUGGAGGGGCUGUGGAGGGGGCGGGCACAGAGGAGACAGUUCCAACCAAUCAGGAUCGUGAAGAUACUCCACAGGAAGAACAUAGUGUGGAGUCCUCCGUUAAAGAUGACGAGGGUAGAGAAGAAGAAGACAUCAAGACACAGAGGUUCCUCAGCUCCCCCCCACACCCACUGACUGUAGCCCAGCCCCACCCCCAGCUCCCCAUCCAAGGAGGUCAAAGUUGGGGACGGGGACAGUCAAACCGACAAUGAAGAGGAGCAGUGUGGAGAGAAGAACCCGAAGCCCAAAAUGGAGGAGCGAGACAGUGAACAGCAGGAGGCUAUAGAUGAGAGAGGUGUUUGUCUGGGCGGUGGGAGGAAGGGGCCGCCAGUGGAGGAGGACAGAUCUGUGGAAGCACCAGUGAAGAAGACAGCAGAGGAGGACGGAUCUGUGGAAGCACCAGUGAAGAAGACAGCAGAGGAGGACAGAUCUGUGGAAGCACCAGAGAAGAAGACAGCGGAGGAGGACAGAUCUGUGGAAGCACCAGAGAAGAAGACAGCGGAGGAGGACAGAUCUGUGGAAGCACCAGAGAAGAAGACAGCGGAGGAGGACAUAUCUGUGGAAGCACCAGUGAAGAAGACAGCAGUGGAGGACAGAUCUGUGGAAGCACCAGAGAAGAAGACAGCGGAGGAGGACAGAUCUGUGGAAGCACCAGUGAAGAAGAGGAGGAGGAGGAUGGGGAUGUGUGGUCUGGGAGAGAGAGAGAGGGAGAGGAGGAGAGGAAUAGAGGAGGAGCAGCAGAAGGAAAGAAAGAGUGUGAAGGAAGAAGGGAGUGAGGGAGAAGCGAUGGGGAUGGUGAGGAAAGGAGAGGAGGAGACAGUGGAGAAAGAGAGAGAGAAGGACAUCGGGCAGAGUGGUGAUAGUGGUGGUGGUGCCAACCUGGUGGCUGCAUCAUCCUCUGAUCCAUCAUUCCUUUCAUUCAUCCCUCCAUCUGCCCCUCUGGGGAGUACCACUGAGCAGAGGAAGAAAGAGAAAGAGGGGGAGAAGGAAGAGGGAGAGAAGGAAGAGGAGGAGAAGGAAGAGGAGGAGAAGUUAGAUGAGGAGCAGCUUCAGUCAGGGGGAGAGUCAAGCCAUGCAGGCCCCAGCGAAGUGGCUUAUUCUGGGCCAGAGCAGGUCACAGGAGAGGGUCUCUGGACUGGCCUGAAGGUGGACCCACUGGGCAGUGAGCAGCCUAUGGUGUUGGGGGAAGAAGAGCUAGACACAGAGGGGGUUGUGGAGAAGAAACAGGAGGGGGACAGGGGGGGCUGUGGGUCUAAUGAGCCAGAGGAGAGCCCCCCUAGGGCUCCUCCACCAUCCUCCACCACCACCCCUACCUCCAUCCCUCUGGAGGCUGGGGCAGAGAGGGAGCACCAGGGAGAGGUUCAGAGCUCACCUACCCAGAGAGAGAGGGGGGCUGAAGAUGGGGCAGUGGCUGGAGCUGGGGCGGGGGCUGGGACUGGGGCCAACCCCCGGGCACUCAGUCUGGCCCCGGCUGACAGAGGAGAGUCCAGCACACCUCCCCCCACAAAGCCAGGUCCUGGAAGGGAGGGGCACAACCAGGCUGCAGUGACACCUGGUGGCUCGGAGGAGAACAACCAUGUGAGUGUUUUUGUUGACAUCUUUGUUUGUUACUUUGUUUGUUUGAGUCCUGAUUGUUUGUGUAUUUCAGUCCGCAUCCCCAGACCUGACCAGAGACGAUGAUGAUGCUGCUGUCGUUGACCCGUUUGGAGCACUGGCCCUGGACUACGUGUCUGACUCUCAACUCAACACCAUCACUCUG